GAAGGCAGGAUGGCCGAGUGGCAUUUGUCAUUUUCCGCCACGCCAGCGACGAUGGAGUUCGGGUCCGCCCUUCGCGUGCUCGACGGCUACAUGGAGGCCAUCGCGCCGACGCUCACGCAGCUCGAUGGCGUCGCCCAGACGCUCACGCCGCUCAAGUUUGAAGCCGCCAACGCCUUCUUGAACGAGAUCGCGGCCGGCGCCGGCAUGGAGCUCGACCAGGUGCGCUACGCCGUGUGCCUCUUCGCCGUGUACCCGCUCGCGCUUCUCUUCCAGCUCCUCCCGACCGCGACGCUCAAGCACCUCUACUCGCUUGGCGUCGGCGUCUCGCUCGCGCAGUUCGUCUUUGGCUCGCAGUGGGUGCACUCGUUCUUGAUGUCGUUCUUGACGUACCUCCUCGUGUGGCUCGCGCCGGCCAAGUUUGCGCCGUCGAUCGUCUUCCUCUUCAACAUGACGUACAUGUCGCUCGCGCACCUCUACCGCAUCUACGUCGACUACAUGGGCUGGAGCCUCGAUUUCACCGGCCCGCAGAUGCUCCUCGUGAUCAAGCUCACGGCGUUUGCGUACAACUACUACGACGGCGUCGUCGACGUCAAGCGCCUCAACACGCCCACGGACAACAAGGGCCUCGCGCGCGUCUACGCCAGCCGCAAGGCGCUCAGCGUCGCCAAGAUGCCGUCGUUCCUCGAGUUCUUCGCGUACGUCUACUGCUUUACGACGUUCCUCGCGGGCCCGGCCUUUGAGCUCCGCGAGUACCUCGACGUUGUCAACGGCGCCAAGCGCCUCGGGCCCGGCCGCUUCCUCGCGACCAUCUCCAAGUUUGUCGUCGGCGUCACCUUCAUGGGCCUCAUGGUCGCCUUUGGCGGUGCAUACCCGAUCACGAUGCUCUACAGCGACGAGAUUGCGGCGCUGCCGCUUCUCGAGCGCCUCUUGAAGCUGUACAUCUGCCUCUUCUUCGUCAAGGCCAAGUACUACGGCGCGUGGAAGAUCUCGGAGGGCGCGACCGUGCUCUGCGGCUUCGGUUUCGAAGGCUUUGCCGCCGACGGCGCGUCCAAGGGCUGGAACGGCGUGAGCAACAUGGACGUCCUCGGCUUCGAGUUGGCGCCGUCGAUCCGCGAGGGCUCGCGCGCGUGGAACAAGGGCACGCAGGCGUGGCUCGAGCGCUACGUGUACUCGCGCACGGGCAACUCACUCAUGGCCACGUACUUUGUGUCGGCCUUCUGGCACGGCUUUUACCCGGGCUACUACAUCUUCUUUAUGAGCAUCCCGCUGCCGACGGCCGUGAACCGCGUCGCGUUCAAGCGCAUCCGGCCCUACUUCCUCGAGGCGGACGGCUCGUUCGGCGCCAAGAAGCGCGUGUACGACGUCAUUGGCACGAUCUGCACCAUCUUCACGCUGCACUACCUCGUGAUCCCGUUCCAGGCGCUCUCGUGGGAGCACUCGCUCGCCGCGCUCACGCACAUGAAGUUCUCGGGUCACAUCAUCAUGGCCGUGCUCUACGUCGUCUUUUCGCUCGUGCCCAUGCGCAAGCUCAAGACCAAGGAGCAGUAAGAAGAAGAGCACUAGAGAUAACAGCAGAAAUGUGCUUGCUACGUUUGCGAU